AUGAAAAGACUGUUAGAAUUCUGGAUUAAAGGAAAAAAGCACUUAAGAAUUUUGGAAGAAAAAAAAGAUUCCAUUUCUUUAUCCCUAUUUAAUUUGAGAAAAUCGGUACCUUCAGAGUUUGCUCGUUUGCCUAGAUCGCUAGAUGAUAUAGAGUUUUGGAAGGCUACCGAGUUCCGUGAAUUUUUGCUAUACACAGGUGUUGUUGUCUUAAAAUCAAAUUUGUCCAAAGAAAAAUAUUAUCAUUUUCUUCUCCUAUUCGUAUCUAUUAGAAUUUUGUGUUCAAAUGAAGUUUGUAAUAAAUAUAAUAAUUUAGCCUCAAAAUUGAUAAGAGAAUUUGUUGAAAAUUAUUCAACUAUUUACAGACCUCAGUUCAUUAACUACAAUGUGCACAGUUUAAUUCAUCUAUCUUUUUUUGUUAGGCUAUAUGGUCCAUUGGACAAUUUCAGUGCAUUCAAGUACGAAAAUUACCUUCAAACUCUAAAGAAGUCAAUGAAAUGCUGUAAAUAUCCACUUUCUGAAAUAAAAAACAAAAUAAUAGCACUUGAAUGUGAAGAAUUGAAAACCAUCACACCAAAUAAAUGUAUUUUAAAGUAUUUUAAAAUAGAUGAAAAUCUUUCAAACUUUGAAUUAACAUUUUACCAUCAAAUUACCCUUAAAUCUAACAACUAUGUUGUUUGUUGUAAAAAUAUUAAAAAUCAGUUUUUUAUUUUAGAAAAUGACGAUAUAGUUAUUAUAAAAAAAAUUUACAAAAAUAAUAGGGAUGAUGUGAUUAAAUUAUCUGUUGUAAAAUUAUUAAGUAUAAGUGAUUUGUUUAAAUUACCAGUGCCAAGUAAACUUGUAGGUGUUUUUUUUGUUAAUACUCAUAAUGUAUCGGAUCUUUAUGAAAUAAUUGUAAAUAAUAUUAAAUUUAAGUGUUUUUUUGUUCAAUUUCCUAAUAAUGAAGGAGUUAUUAUUUCAUUAUGUCAUAAUGUUUAG